GGCACCUCUGCACAAUCCUGUCAUUAAGCUCUCUUACUACCUACCAUCUCCCCUCCACAAACGGAUCAAUUGAGACGAUAAAAUCCGCAAAUAUGCUUUCGAGUCGAACUCUUCUCCGCGCCCAAAAGGCAGCUGGCGCCCCAAGGGUCUUGACCCAGGCUGUCCGAAAUUAUGCGGCUCCUGCUGCCGUGGAUAGCAAGCCCCCAGUCGCUUUGUAUGGUGUCGAUGGUACAUAUGCUAGUGCUUUGUACACCGCAGCCAGCAAGACCUCGACUCUCGACAGCGUUGCCCGCUCUCUCCAAUCCCUCCACAACGUCUUCCAGAAAGAUGCUAAGCUCGCUACCAUCAUGCAAGCACCCACUCUCUCUGCAGCCGACAAGUCUCAAAUCAUCCAGGAGCUCCAAAAACACACCGGUGGUCAAGAUAAGGGUGAUACCGUCAAGAACUUCUUGGAAACUUUGGCCGAGAACAAUAGAUUGGCACUUUUGAAGGGAGUUUGUGAGAAGUUUGGAGAGUUGAUGGGUGCUGCCAGAGGUGAAAUUGAAUUGACUGUUACCAGCGCUUCGCAAUUAGAUUCCAAAACCCUCAACCGUCUCGAAUCUGCUGUCGCUAAAUCCCAAUACGUCGGUCAAGGCAAGAAGCUUAAGGUUACCAACAAGGUCAACCCCGACGUCCUCGGAGGACUCAUUGUCGAAAUCGGCGACCGAACCAUUGAUCUCAGCGUCUCAAACCGUAUCGCCAAGAUGAACAAGUUACUCACUGAUGCUUUGUAAAUUCAAUCACCAUCAUCACAAUGUUUCUCACGAUUUUCAAAAGUUUCCCGGAUCCAUCGGGUUCCGGAAUGAGAUGGUUUCCUCGGGCUAUUUUUGUCAACAGCUUGGGGGAACGGAGAGGGAGAGAGUGGGCCGGGUUGGAAUGCAAUGGAUGGAAAAGGGGACUAGGGGGCGAGAGUCGACAUCCACCCAAUCUACCUUUACCUACCUGUACAUGAGUAAGAAUAGAAAUGGAAUGGAGUGUUUUCUCACAUGAUUUGUAACGCAGAAAUUUGUACUAUCUGAACAGACAAUAUGACGAUGUGUGAAGCUAUAACUUGGUAUGCUCACUAGGCGUUAAUAAUUUCUCGCAAUCUUCU